AUGAAGACUCGCCAGCCCACGAUAGAGGGCAGCGCUAUCAGUGGAGACGACGGCGCUCGUCCUUUCGUUGUCUCGUCUGUAGCCACAGGCAAGGAGUCAUCUCAGGGGCGCAUUGUAAAGGCAGCCACAUCGAACGACCUCAAUGCGAAGCAGCAAAGCGAGAGGUGGAGGCUAGCAUGGGAGAAGCAAUUGGAACUAUCCAGGACCCGACUGUCCCAAAUGGAGCGGAAAGGAGAAGGCUCGCGAGGAGCGCUCGGAGGGGAGAGCGUCUCUUCUUUGGCGGACAAUGCCGCUACGGAUAAUGGUGCUGCCGAAGGUGGCCCCCAACGGUACCUCGAUGCGGAUCUGCUCGAAGCUUCACCUCGCCCGCAUUGGUGGAGCGCGGCAUUCAUAAAGGACACGUCAGUGCCUCCGGCCAGAGAUGCAGAGCAGGACGGCAGCAGGCGGCAAUACCUCGACACUGAUGGACCUCAGGUUCGAGGACGCGUGCAGGACACCACACCAGAGUCGUCUGCUGUGUCCCGCUCACUGCUGGACGAGGUCGACAUUGGCGUGCGCCCCAGUGAUGUUCGACGAGCAGGCGACGCGCGAGCCUGGCAAGAUGGUGUAUUUGGUAGGGUUGAUCAGCCCCAACUCGCUUUUGGGGCUGCUCGACAAGGUCGUCGCGGCGGCUAUGUCCGCUCUUGGCCUCGGGCAGACGAUUCCGAUGCCUCUCGGCUCGUGAGAAGCAACGACGGCCAGUUCCGGUGGCGCCAGCGUGGAAUGCGCAAUUUGCUCGAGGACGAGGCGCCUGGCACAGGACCGAUUUAUCGUCGACCAGACUCGCCAGAAGAUGCCAUCGUGCUUAUUCUACCGCUCUUGAUACUCCUGUCGACCCUCCUGUUCCUCCUACUGAUCUUUGUCAUCCUGGUCAUCUUUGUUCGUCGGCGCGCCAGAAUUGCAUUGCAGGAUGGAGAUGGGCCUUUGGAUGUCGGACGUGAGGAGGAGCUCGAAGGGCUAGGUGGCAUAUCUGGCGUAGAAGAGCGCUGGCUCGACACUGUCGACACGAACGCGAGAAGGGGCUAUGAUCGAGCCAAAGCUUGGCAAACGUCGUAUCCUCCUGGCAGCCUCAGCACCGACAUUACCCUCUCGCAGUUCCUCACGAUUCAAGAAAAGGGAGUCUCUGCAUUCUCUUUUGAUCCGGACUACGAAAGCAAUGCCAGCGUCUUUGUCGAGGCUAGAACGGAAAUCACGUUCUUGGCGGAUGGCGGUGGCAUGGCACCCGAGGAGGGUGGGGGCUCAUGUGUGCAGAGCAAUAUGCCCCUCCCGAAGCUCAACGAAGUGUACUAUUGGGAAGCCAAGAUGUUCACCCUUCCGACCGGCACGAACAUCGGUCUGGGUUUGGCAACGAAGCCUUACCCGAGCUUCCGCCUGCCUGGCUGGAGCAAAUUUUCUGUCGGCUACUUUUCUCAGGAUGGCUUCAAAUCGCACAAUUAUCCCUUCACCGCGCAGUCAUACGGACCCGCCUACGUUCAAGGCGAUGUGAUUGGUGUGGGCUACAGACCUCGCUCCGGUACAGUCUUCUUUACGCGGAAUGGCAAGAAGCUGGAAGAUGCAUUUGUUGGACUCAACAGACACAAUCUCUUUCCCACUGUUGGCGCCGAUGGCGCAGCAGAAGUUCACGUCAAUCUGGGCCAAGCUGGCUUCGUGUUCAUUGAGGCGAACGUGAAGAAAUGGGGUCUCGCGCCAAUGGUUGGCACCCUGGCUCCACCUCCUGCGUACGGUCAAGAAAGAGGGAGCCUGCUGAUCGAAACGGGUCAAAGCAGUAGCGCCCAAGCAGGGGGCAGAGCAACACCGCCGCCUCCAUUGACCCCGCCACUCGAGCACCCUGACGUGUCGCAAUCUCACGCAGAGGGCUUUAGCGCUAGUGGACGAGCCCCGACCCGGUCGAGACGUCAUCGCGCUUCCAGAAGGACUCAAGGGCGCAGCAGCCCAGAGAGUCCGAGGCUUCCUUCCGACAUUCAAAUCGUCCGUAACGCCCAGGGUCAAAAUUCGCCACCUCGGCGUGACUCGGCGUCCUCAGCAGAUGCACCACAUAAUCCCCCAACUCCGAACGCUCUUGACAUUAGCCUGCAUCAGCUACCGCCGCACCAACUGGCUGCGGAUGGCAACAUGCCGGAAGCGGGCUCGGCUCAGGGUGAGGGUCUACUCGCUAGCUAUUUCCCAAGACCGGGCAGCAGGAGCGGUAGUACGAGACUCGGUAACGGCGGCAGACGAGGCAGCGACCGAAGUCCAAGCCCACCACCGUAUCCAGGAGCCUCUGACGGCAGAUCCGUCGGCACGUGGUCGGACGAGUCUGCGCAUCGACGACAGCAUCAGACACGGUCUUUAGCAGGUCGCACGAGCUCGAUCGCCAACGCGUUCAUGGGCGCACUCGCAGACAGAGGUCUGCUUGCCUCCUUGCCUGGGUCGCCCAACGUUGAAGAUCCCAAUGUGCGAGACGCGGAAAGGCACAGAAUUCUGGACGUAACCACAGCAAGAAAUACCGAUGCUAACCGCAGAGGCAACGAUGCUGCUGCUGCUGCUGAAAGACCUGGCACCGCGCAGUCAGUGACUACGUGGGUGGAAAGCUGGUUCAGAAGCUGA